AAGGAAGUGAGCGGCCUCGGUCUCUCCCCAUCCGGGGCAGCGGGGAAUGGCUGAGCCCACGGUUAGCAGCCACUCCUGCCGCCGCUGCCGCCGCCGCCCGCGUUCGGCUCGGGCUGCAGACUUUGCCAGGUAGGUGGUGAUGUCAUCCCCAUUUCGAAGAUGAGGAAACUGAGGCUAAGAAAAGUGAAUGACUUGCCUAAGAAUUUUAUACCUAUUAAGUGAUGGAGCUGGACACAUUUCCAGGACCCUAGCAUUGUGAGACUCAUUUUGGAUUCAUAGCCCUUAAGAUCGACCCGGUCAGAGCUCAUCAUGUCAAAGUUGAAAAGCUCAGAGUCAGUCCGGGUGGUGGUUCGCUGUCGGCCCAUGAAUGGCAAGGAAAAGGCUGCUUCGUACGACAAGGUGGUGGAUGUGGACGUGAAGCUGGGGCAGGUGUCGGUGAAGAACCCCAAGGGAGUGGCCCAUGAAAUGCCCAAGACCUUCACCUUUGAUGCCGUCUACGACUGGAACGCCAAGCAGUUUGAACUCUACGACGAGACGUUCCGACCACUGGUGGACUCCGUCCUGCAGGGUUUCAAUGGGACGAUUUUUGCUUAUGGACAGACUGGGACUGGGAAAACCUACACGAUGGAAGGAGUCCGGGGUGACCCUGAAAAAAGAGGGGUCAUCCCUAACUCUUUUGAUCACAUCUUCACCCAUAUCUCUCGAUCCCAGAAUCAACAGUACCUGGUCAGGGCUUCUUACUUAGAGAUCUACCAGGAGGAGAUCCGAGAUCUCCUCUCAAAGGAUCAGACCAAAAGGCUCGAGCUCAAGGAGAGGCCGGACACUGGAGUGUACGUGAAAGACCUGUCUUCCUUUGUCACCAAGAGCGUGAAGGAAAUAGAGCACGUGAUGAAUGUGGGGAACCAGAACCGUUCUGUCGGUGCUACCAACAUGAACGAGCACAGUUCCCGUUCGCAUGCAAUUUUUGUCAUCACCAUCGAGUGCAGUGAGGUGGGCCUCGAUGGCGAAAACCAUAUCCGGGUAGGGAAAUUGAACCUUGUAGAUCUUGCUGGCAGUGAACGGCAGGCCAAGACCGGUGCACAAGGGGAGAGAUUGAAGGAAGCUACCAAGAUCAACCUGUCCCUUUCAGCCUUGGGUAACGUCAUCUCUGCCCUGGUGGACGGCAAAAGCACUCACAUUCCAUAUCGGGACUCAAAGCUUACCAGGCUCCUCCAAGAUUCUCUCGGUGGCAAUGCUAAAACUGUGAUGGUGGCCAACGUGGGGCCUGCCUCGUACAACGUAGAAGAGACUCUAACCACUCUGAGAUACGCCAACCGUGCCAAGAACAUUAAGAACAAGCCAAGGGUCAAUGAGGACCCUAAGGAUGCCCUCCUUCGAGAAUUCCAGGAAGAGAUUGCUCGGCUCAAGGCCCAGCUAGAAAAACGGUCCAUUGGCAGAAGGAAGAGGCGAGAGAAGCGGAGGGAAGGUGGGGGCGGGGGUGGGGGUGGGGAAGAGGAGGAGGAGGAGGGAGAAGAGGGUGAGGACGAAGGGGAUGAUAAGGAUGAUUACUGGCGGGAACAGCAAGAAAAACUGGAGAUCGAGAAGCGGGCCAUUGUAGAGGACCACAGCUUGGUUGCAGAGGAGAAGAUGAGGCUGCUGAAAGAGAAGGAGAAAAAGAUGGAGGAUCUGCGGCGGGAAAAGGAUGCUGCCGAGAUGCUGGGCGCCAAAAUCAAGGCCAUGGAGAGUAAGCUGCUUGUUGGAGGAAAAAAUAUAGUAGAUCAUACAAACGAACAGCAGAAAAUCCUGGAGCAGAAACGGCAGGAGAUUGCAGAGCAGAAACGUCGAGAAAGAGAAAUCCAGCAACAGAUGGAAAGCCGCGACGAGGAGACCUUGGAACUGAAAGAGACGUACAGCUCAUUGCAGCAAGAGGUGGACAUCAAGACCAAGAAGCUCAAAAAGCUCUUCUCCAAGCUUCAGGCAGUGAAGGCAGAGAUCCAUGACCUCCAAGAAGAGCACAUCAAGGAGCGGCAGGAGCUGGAACAGACACAGAAUGAGCUCACCCGGGAGCUGAAACUCAAGCAUCUUAUUAUAGAAAACUUCAUCCCUCUGGAAGAAAAAAGUAAAAUUAUGAAUAGAUCCUUCUUUGAUGAAGAGGAAGAUCAUUGGAAAUUACAUCCUAUAACCAGACUGGAGAAUCAACAGAUGAUGAAGCGGCCAGUGUCAGCUGUGGGAUACAAGAGACCAUUGAGCCAGCACGCAAGAAUGUCCAUGAUGAUUCGUCCAGAGGCUCGAUAUAGGGCAGAAAACAUCGUGCUGCUGGAGCUGGACAUGCCCAGCCGGACCACCAGAGACUACGAGGGGCCCGCCAUUGCCCCCAAAGUCCAGGCCGCGUUGGAUGCAGCUCUGCAGGAUGAAGAUGAGAUACAGGUGGACGCAUCAUCCUUUGAAAGCACUGCAAAUAAGAAACCCAAGGCCAGACCUAAAAGUGGAAGGAAGUCGGGAUCCUCCUCCUCUUCCUCAGGAACCCCCGCAUCUCAGCUUUAUCCACAGUCUCGGGGGCUGGUUCCAAAGUAAACCCACUUCCUCCUCUCCCAGAGUAUAAACAGCGUUUGCCUUCUGAGAGAAGAGACAAGCAAAAACCCGCAGAGAGGACUCAAGCCCAAACUCAGAACCAUUCCGCUGGGGAGGAGUGAUGGCCUCUUUGCAGAUUAACCAACUUAAUCUGGUUGAAACAUGCUGGUCAUAAUCUGGCACUCAGCUCCUCUGGGAACCGUCCUUUAAUUAGCAUCUCAGAAAUGCAUGGGUAAGGUAAAGCGCGAUAGCCGAAGUGGAAAGCAAGAGAAUGACCAGAGACCUUGCUUCCCUUCUCCCUUUCCUCCUUCUCCUCUCCCUUCCCUUGCCCUCCCACCCUCUCCCCUCUCCUUUCUAGCCUGUUCUUUACACUGGGCUCCCUUCUUGUUGAACAAUAGGGCAGAAUCAGGAGUCACCUUAGCAGGACCAAGUCUUUGGAGGCUCAGGAUAAAAUGAUACUGAGGUUGGAAAGCGAAAGCCCUAGAACUUGAACAGGUGCUUGUUUUUGUAGGUAGAAAUGAGAAAUCUCAUUUGGAGCCAAGCCUCCGAGGGGCACGGUCCAUGCCCCUCAGUAAGAAGUGGAUCUCCCUCUGGGAUCUGCUGAAGGAGCAGAUGUUUUUCGAGGAAGCUACCGACUUCUGCUCCAGAAGGAUUCAAUGUCAGAGGCAAUAGAAAUAACAUUCCCUUUGCCUCCUUGGAGAGUUUAGGGAAACAGCUUCUUGAAAACCUCAAAACCAUGACCAUCUUGUCAAAGACAUAAAUCUGUAAGUUGAUGCCAUGUCCAUACACCGUGUCACUUUACUCUUCAUUUGUCACCAUUUUCCCCAUGCACGCAUGCUCUGAGCAUCCCUGCCUGGGCCCAUCCUCUGCCUCCAGAGCAUGCUCUGCAGUGGGCCUGAUGUGUGGGAGAAGGGAGGCUGGCUCUGCCUUCUCUGAUGGGACGAGAGCUGGGGGGACGAGACACAUAGUGGCACUUUUGCAUCCCCCGUUUUGUUCCAUAUUUGCAUAGAGAGCAUUGGGGUGACCAGGCAGGUCAAGAGUCAAGAGGCUUGGUGCAUUGGCAAGGGAAGGCAUAACAGAUGGAAGCAGAGGAAUCCUGCCUGCCUUCAGCGGAAAACUCACCUAAUCCUAGAACUGUGGCUCUUCUCAGGCAGAGCCAAAGGUGGUGGCGAGGUGUGGCUGUGCGAUCGCAUAGGCUCAGAGGAGAGAGUUAGGAAUUUCCGUUUACAUAUACUAGUUUGGUUUGUAAGUUUUAGUUCUUUGUAUUAUUGAAAUUCAAAGCUUCAUUUUACGUUGGUCAUUAGGUGAAUGUUACUCAUUUCCCCCUAAGAGAAGCUCAUAAAUGUGUGCGGGUGUGCAAGCACAAGCUUCCAGUGUGUCUGCGUGUGUUUGUAAGAGAGAGAGAGAGAUCAAGAACUUGCCCGACUUUAGAAAUACGCUACCGUGCAGUUGUUGCCUUUGUCUGUAUUAAAGGCCCGUUGAAUGAUUAAUCCAGGCUGGAAGCUCCCACGUUGGUGUCUGAGUCCACGAGCCAAGCCUGAGGGGACAAUAUGCGUCCCCAGUCGGCCACACCGCGCACCUUGCUGGCACGGUGCCUCGGGAAGGUGGCGACUCAGGUGGGCCUUGAGUUAUACUUUAACUCAGCUGCUCAGUUCCCAGGGCACAUUUCUGGAUCAGAACCCGUGGGAAAGAGGAGGUACCAAGUGCAAUGUCUUAGUGCUCUACAAAUGGAGCUCUGUCGUCUGACAGCUUGUCUCCUUUUUAUAACCAUUCUUUCUGAACCCAGGGCCCUUUUCAGCAAUUCCCAGAGCAUAAUGGAGGCAUCCCUCAUCUUUCUCGGGAUCAAACUCGGCUUCUUUAUUAUUUACUAAGAAUUUACCUGUUUGAACAGAAACCAGAUAAUGAGGUGGGUAGCCUCAGAUGGUGACCUGCCGGUUACACCUCUCUCUUGCACCACAUUUCCUCGAAGCUAGUCUGAAUUCUCUAGGCUGAACAUAUCCAUUUGGCAAAUCUGAGAAUUGAAAAUUGCAGAUAACACUGUAGCUGAAUACUGAUGUCUCGAGGUGGCUAUUCUGACCACAGGUGAUUGAGUGACCAUAGAACUUUUCUAAGAAGGCAAAAGAAGAAAGCCAAGUUGACAGGCAGGAUUAUGAAAACAGGCUUGCCUUGUACUUGGCUGUGUUCAUCUGGUGGUCUGUGAAACAAAGUAGAAGAACCCCUGGGUGGAGGUGAAGCCGUCCCGUCCCAGAGCAGUCUCUGGUGCUUUUCUUCUCUCAAAAUGGAUCCGAGAAAUGUUCGAAUAGAGUAGACAGUAGAAUGUCUUGCUGCCACCGGAAAGCUGCUGCUUUGGGCUCUGAAUUGAGCCAAAUGUGUAGACCUACCAAGUCGACUGAGGGACCUGGUUUUCAUGUCUGUAGUCAUGCUAGAAUGUUCCAAGCCAUCUGAGGGCCUUCAAGUCAGCAGCAGCUAAUGAAGUCUGGCAGCAAGUCUAACAGGAUCUAAGCAGCUCAUCUGAGAGAAGGAGUUUGAGACGGAGUGUGCAACCCCCCUCAGUGAGGCCCCCUUUUGCUCUGAUUGGUAGGAAUGUAUCUGGCUUCAGAUUUCAAAUCCCAUGUCUCCCAGGCCCCUGGAUUCAGAACCCAAGGCCACAAAUCAUAGGCAUGAAGCACUUUCUUAAGACUCCGCCCUAAUAUUGGAUUGUCCUCCGUCGAAUGCCUGCAUGCUGCUUGAAUCUCACCACCCGCACCUCCACGACCAAGGGCGUAAGAGAGUUCUGCAGCUCAGACGUGGGCCGUGCCCCGCUUCUGUCUGACUCUUGUAAGUCCUCCUUCACUGAAUGUAGAAUCGUUGCCAGGUUUCUGAGAAGCGUCGAUUCCCUGUUAACGUGGGAUAUCAGUUCUGCCUCGCAUUUCCCACUUGAGGUCGAGGUUCACUGCAAACAACGCCUUGGGCCAUCUCAGCACCAUCAGUGGACGAAAAGGGGGCUAUUAAUAUUCUCUGAAAGCCAUAAUCGGAAUGCUCAGAGGGACCUGGAUAAGAAGAGUGGGCCUGGCUAUUGUCUGUCAUGCAGGGUUUUGUCUUGUACUGUUCAGAAACCUGCCCCCCUUCUCCCCACCCUUGUUUCUUGAAUGAAGUGCUUUUGAGGUUAUUUAUGAAGGGAGUGAUCCUGGGGCAGGCAGGAGGCAGUGGGCUUUAUGGCUCUUUGGAGUUACUAUCGAUCUUGACCUUCUCUUUGGCUACCUUUAGACAAAGAAUAUGCCAAUACUUGGGGCUCUAAUUUUACAACUCAUAUUUAUUUGUAUCAUCUCUUUGUCUAGGAAUGUAAAAGUGAUUCUAAACUAAGAUGUGUAAUAAAAAUCAAUCAGAUUUAUUGUACUUACAAAAAGGUGUCCUCAUAAAUGACUAACGUUUUUGAAAAUGACUUGCCUGUGGCUGACACACUGACAAUUUCUCUAAACAUUUGAAUUUUUCUAGUGAAAGGAGGGUGGGAAUGGAAAAUGAAGAUUGAGUUGGAAUGUUGGCAUUUUAAAAAUAUAGCAAUGAGGUAAAGGGACAUGAAAUGAAGAAAGAGUGACAAGUGCUUCUCGUGUUUUUCCAUGAAGGUUCCUGAGACAGGCAGGAAAUUUCUUUUAAUUUCUGUGUUUUGUUUUUUAUGUUUCUUUAAAUUUAUUACAUAUUAUACUUUAAAAUAUAUAUCUUUUUUUAA